AUGGAUAAAACUGGGGAAGGUGUACCGAAUCUGGGGAAGAUUUUGGACGGUUUAGAUGUGAUGAAUAUGUCGGGGAAAAAUUUGUUGGAACCGAAUGUAGAUGAAGCGUUGAGAAUAUCGCCUCUGAAGGAGGUAGCUUUGUCAGAUAGGAACGACCGGUCCUUAAGAAGUCUUAAUAACAGUGCUGUAUCGGAAAAGAAUAACAGAUCAUUGAGGAGUCGUGAUGAUAGUGGAGUUUCAGAUAGAAACAGUAGGUCUUUGAGAAAUGGUAAUAGAUCAGUGAAUAAAUCUAAUAGUGGUGUUUUAGAUAAAAGCAACCGGUCUUUGAGGAGUGGGAAUAAACCGGCGGUAGAAAAAGAACUGAAUAGCUCUGGAAAAACAGGUGAAAAACGUAGUUCCGCAGCCAAAGAGCUGUUCAGCGAUAGUAGUUCUGGGAAAGAUACGUCUGGAAAUAAUUUAGAUGGUUCUCAGAAGCUGUUAGAUGGCUCGGAACAACCUUUGGGCCUACAAGAGGAUGAGGAAGUUGAUGGGAGUGGGAGAGAUGUGCAAGCCAAUGUGAGUAACGCUAAUAGUCAAACAGAGAAGAACGUGGAUAAAGAACUGAAGAAUGGAGAUGAGGAUCUGAUGAAUAUAUUGUUGGCAAGUUUAAGAAAUAGGAUGCGUGAAGAGGCUGAUAGAAGUAAGGUUGAAGAUAAUGGUUCAAAAGAGAAUGGACAAAGAGGGGAGGAUAUCAAUGUGUCUCAAGUGGUAGGUUUAAAAGAAAGUUCCAAGAGUGGUGAUGAUAUUGUGAAUGAUACACAAAGAGGAGAACGGAGGAGAGGUAAGAGGGGAAGAGAAGAUGUCAACAAAAGUGUGACUCCGGAAGAAGAGAAUGAAAAUAGGGACCGUGAUGUGUCCAUGGAUGUAAUCAAUGGUUCUCAGAGAGAUGAAGGGGAAGUUGGUAACAGGAGUUUGCGAUAUAGGAUUGAUUGA